AUGGGUCGUCUAAUGUCUGCUAAUAGUGAAGGUCUAUCGUCGUUUCAACUACUUGCAAGACUAUCAUUCCCUACAGUGGAAACUAAACCAUACAAUAUGCCAAACAGUAAAGAAAUUGAUCCAAGACACAGUUAUGCCAAAGAAAAAUUUGAACAACUUAUGGACUACACCAGAUACAUGAAUGGAAGAAUUAAAGAACCUCACAACCCUACAGAACGUCGAGAAAUUUUAGAAACCGCUCAGAAAAAAUUAUUUUCUUUCAUCGAUGUCCAUAUCAAAGAUUUAAAACGACUACUUUUUGAAACCGAUAUGGCUUUGAUGUCUAUGGUUUUAUUAAAACUGAAUAAAAAGAUGGAUACAUCUGAAGCGAAAAUAAAAUCUACUCAAGCUAAAAUACCUUUCGGCCUAUACACAAGUCCUGAAUUUAAGUGUCUGGGGACAUCGUACUAUAUCGCUUCACCACAUAAUCAAGAAGAUGUCCAAAUGAUACUUUCAAGCGAGAGAAAGCCCCAUUGUUACACAUUUAGAGGAGCUUUUGCAUUUACGGGAUUCUAUCAUCGACAUUCUGAAACGACUUAUGUGGGACCUCACGCUGAACAGUUCCAAGCGAAGGAUCCCAGUCAAGGACUCUACUGUCAUUCAGAUGAUAACUGGAGUGAUGCACAAUGCAUCUAUAAAAUAAAUCCUAGAGAAGAAUUUCCAGAAUCCGUUGAAUAUGAACCCAAAGUAUCAUAUUACUGUGGACCGUACCGCUACUUCAUCCCAGCUACAACCGACAUCAGAUGCAUCUUCUCCAUUUUCUCAAUGAACUUCAUACUACGAUUUGGAUACGACGGAGUCACAUACAAAAGCUCAGAUUUGACAUUUAUGUAUCAAAACGGCCAAGUGUUCUACACAGAUGAGCCAUGGGCAGGAAUGUCUUGUUGGAACUGGGCGUGUAAGUGGCGACAUAAUCAAAACCAACGAUCUAACGAAUUCUUUGUUAAU